GGCGAGCGCCAGCGCGGUGAGCUGGAGACGCGGCUGUCGGAGCUGGUCGCUGAGAGGGAGGCUCUGGCAGGGCGUGUGCGUGAGCUGGAGGAGUCGCUGGCCAACCUGGACGCCACCCUGCGCGACGCCGACGGUGAGUGCGGCGCACUAUCCGGACUGCUGGGCCUCACUGCGGAUGAUAACAGCAGCAGCAGCGGUGCCGCGGUGGGUGGUGGUGGUGGUGGUGACCACUCCGUGGCGGGGCGCCUGCGACAUGCCUGCUGUGCUGUGCGUGAGCUGGAGGAGAAACUGCAGGCGAGCGAGGGGAGCCGCUGUGCCGCGGCAGAGGAGGGCGAGCGCCAGCGCGGUGAGCUGGAGACGCGGCUGUCGGAGCUGGUCGCUGAGAGGGAGGCUCUGGCAGGGCGUGUGCGUGAGCUGGAGGAGAAACUGCAGGCGAGCGAGGGGAGCCGCUGUGCCGCGGCAGAGGAGGGCGAGCGCCAGCGCGGUGAGCUGGAGACGCGGCUGUCGGAGCUG